UCCCCUGCUCCUCCGUCGGGACACCAUUGUCGUGAUGUCCAGCCGAGAUCCAUGGCAUUAUUCUGCUGCUUCUUCUCUCCUCCGUCCUCCUCACAGCCAGAACCACGAACAUGUGGAACGAGUCGUGCGGGGAGCAGCUGCAGGAGUUCGGCCGGCCGGAGAAGAUCCUCAUCGGGGCGAUGCUGGCGGUCAUCACGGCCGUCACGGUGAUGGGGAACACGCUGGUGGUGAUCGCGGUGUGCGUGGUGAAGAAGCUCCGCCAGCCUUCCAACUACCUGCUGGUGUCCCUGGCCGUGGCAGACCUGUCCGUGGCCACGGUCGUCAUGCCGUUCGUGAUCGUGACGGAUCUCACCGGGGGCGAGUGGCUCUUUGGGGAGGUUUUCUGCAACAUCUUCAUCGGGAUGGAUGUAAUGUGCUGCACUGCUUCUAUAAUGACUCUGUGCGUCAUCAGCGUGGAUAGGUACCUGGGGAUCACGCGGCCUCUCACCUAUCCGGCCCGGCAGAACGGCCAGCUGAUGGCUAAGAUGAUCCUGGGAGGGUGGCUGGUGUCGGCGUCCAUCACGCUGCCACCGUUCUGCGGCUGGGCCAAAAACGUCCACAAGGCCGGCGUGUGCCUCAUCAGUCAAGACUUUGGUUACACCAUCUACUCCACAGCCGUGGCCUUCUACAUCCCCAUGCUGGUGAUGCUGGUCAUGUACUACAAGAUCUUCAAGGCGGCUCGCAAAAGCGGCGCCAAGCACCGUUUCACGGACCUGUCUCGUCGCGAGCGCCUGGAAACAGUGACUAACGAGGCGUUGCGCAUGCAGGGCCUGAAGCCGCCGGGCGUGGCCGAGGAAUGUGCCACCUUGUCUCGCCUACUGAACCGCGAGCGCAAGAACAUCUCCAUCUUCAAGCGGGAGCAGAAAGCAGCCACGACGCUGGGGGUGAUCGUGGGGGUUUUCGCCGUGUGCUGGCUGCCGUUCUUCAUCAUGUCCACCGCCAGGCCUUUUAUAUGCGGAGUGGAGUGCAGCUGCGUGCCCAUCUGGCUGGAGCGCACGCUGCUCUGGUUGGGUUACGCCAACUCCCUGAUGAACCCCUUCAUCUACGCCUUCUUCAAUCGAGACCUGCGCUCCACUUACCGCGACCUCCUCCGCUGCCGCUACCGCAACAUCAACCGCAGACUGUCUGCUGUGGGUGUACACGAGGCACUUAAGGUGUAAACGUGGCAAUUUAAGCAACAAACUUUGGCGUAUAGUGGCCCUGGGACUCUACAAUGCUCUUGAAGCGUAAAGGGGACCAUGUACGCAGCAGUCCUGCUAGAGAAGACACAGAUUGACAGAAUGAGAGUCGCGGGUGGUGGCUCUCCAUCCCCUCUGCAAAGGCACACAGACAAGACGACUACUUCAGUUUUUGGGUGAACC